UCAUUUUUAUCCCCUUACAUUCUUACAAUUCCAAACCACAGAGAGAGAGCCUGAAAGAUGGGAAGCUCUAACAACUACUGUAUUCUCCUGAUUUGUGCAAUACUGGCCGUCCACGUGGUUGUAUCAACAUCAUCAACGGCAGCCGUCAAUUUCAUUCCGAUGGAAUCGGGUUGCCGCGGAUCAAUCGCCGAGUGCUUGAUGGGCGAAGACGAAGAUUUCGGGAUGGAGUUCGCGAUGGACACUGAGAUCAACCGGCGCAUCUUAGCGACAAACAAAUACAUAAGCUACGGAGCUCUGAGGAGGAACACCGUGCCAUGUUCGAGACGCGGCGCUUCGUAUUACAAUUGCCGACCUGGAGCUCAGGCCAACCCCUACUCUCGCGGUUGCAACCGUAUUACUCGCUGCAGAAGUUGAUUUAUUUUUCCUAAUAUUUUGCCUAUUCGAUUUCAGAAAUUUUUUUUUUUUUUUUAUAUAUAUAAACAUUUUACCAUACUUACUGUAUCUGGGUGUUUAUAAUUAUAAUUACUAUAAGUGAUUGUUAUGUGUUAAUUGUGCGUGUACACAUGUUUUUAAGGUGGGUGUGUGGAAUAAACAUAGAAGUUGAAAAAAAGUAAUUAUCUUU